AUGGCGAGAAAUCGGAAGGAAUGGGGUCGUACCUUUCGUCAAACCCACGAAGAACUGGACCGAUCGAUACCUCGACGUCGUCACACGUCGGCAAUUGCACCGACAUCACGGUCGGUCGACAUGGCGAAACCAUCAUUAAAGUUGAUCAAGGCUCGACAACAGCUUCGAACUAAUGUGACAGAGCGACAAGCUGCUCAAAAAUCGUCCAAUGCGAUGGAAUCGCAACGUCGUAGAAGAGAAGUUCCGAUAUCGUGCGACUCGUACGACUUUAUACGAACGUCUUCGAAGAUGGUCAUUCGCGAUGCUACGCCGACUGAGCGUCAGCAAACGAAGCAUACAAAGACGGACAAGCGAGACGUCUUGGAGUCGCAGUCGUUUGACUUUACAAGGAACAAGUCGAUCGUGAAUGAGUCGGAUAGACAGACGGAAUCGAGGCUUUUGACACCUGAUCUACAGCUUGGCAAGCACAAGGUGAGCAGACCUUCGCGAACAAAACGUGGAAGACGCUCAACGGCAGCUGGUUCAGUUCAUAGUUCUCUUGCUCCAGUCCACACUGCCAUGGACACGAAGCUUUCAUCAGUCCAACGCAACUUUAAGCGCUACGAUGCUUCUUUCAAGGAAACCAAGAAGCAGAUAUGCCACCCGGUGAGCACGAAAGGCGUCUCGAUUGCAGGCAGCAACAGCUUUUGUCAGAGUAAGAAGAGCAGUGAUCAGCGAAUUGAUUGUCAUCUUUCGGCUAUGGAUCUCCGACCGCAAUCCCGUCGACAUACGACGACGGAAGCGUUGGCUCGGGACACGAAAACCUCGAGGCAUGGAAACCUAGCACCUGUUGUUGAGGAAUUGGACAGUUACGAGCACGAUAGGUAUGCUCGCUUUCAACAGAAAAAGAUGACUGAGCCUAUCGACUUUCACCUGUCAAGGUUCAAUUUGACGUCGCGAAGAUCUAUGGCUGAAGCAGAAUCUAUGUCUAACAAUGUUAAAGUUGGUCGUCAUGACUCUCACAGGAAAGAGAAGAUGGAAAAAGCAAUUCCAGCUAGCUCGGACCAAGCGAAGUUCGCGCUCAACAAGCUGUGCGACUUGGCGUAUCUGGAGAAGUAUCGAUCGCACACGUUGUAA